CUCUCCCCGGCCCCCGCGCGGUGGGAACCGGCAGCCCCGUCUAGCGCUGACGUCAGACCGUCUGCCUGCCUCCGACCGCGGUCUCGGAGCGAAACCCGAUCUCCUUGGACUUGAAUGAGGAGGAGGCGGCGGCGGCGAAGGAGGAGGCGCUCGGCUGGGGGAAGCCAGCAGCAGAGGCUCAGCCCCGGCGGCACCGCGCGCCCCGGCUGCCAGCCCAUUUCGCGGACGCCACCCGCGGGCACUGCCGACGCCCCCGGGGCUGCGGAGGGGCGGCCGGGGGGCGCCGGGGAGCGCGGCCCCGCUCACUGAGUCCCGCGGCGCCCCGGAAACUUGGCGGCGUCCCGAGCCCGGCGAGCCGGGGCGCGCCUUCCCCGCCGCGCGCCUUCUGCAUGCGGGGCCCGAGCACCGGGCGCCGGCCGGAGCCCCCCCCGGCCGCCCCCGUGCCCCCUGCGCCCCGCGCUGCGCCGCCACGCCGUCCAUGCACCGCUUGAUGGGGGUCAACAGCACCGCCACCGCCGCCGCCGGGCAGCCCAAUGUCUCCUGCACGUGCAACUGCAAACGCUCUUUGUUCCAGAGCAUGGAGAUCACGGAGCUGGAGUUCGUGGAGAUCACCAUCAUCGUGGUGGUGGUGAUGGUGAUGGUGGUGGUGAUCACCUGCCUGCUGAGCCACUACAAGCUGUCCGCGCGCUCCUUCAUCGGCCGGCACAGCCAGGGCCGGAGGAGGGAAGACGCCCUGUCCUCGGAAGGAUGCCUCUGGCCCUCAGAGAGCACAGUGUCAGGCGGCGGAAUCCCAGAGCCCCAGGUCUACGCCCCGCCGAGGCCCGCCGACCGCCUGGCCGUGCCUGCCUUCACCCAGCGGGACCGCUUCCACCGCUUCCAGCCCACCUACCCCUACCUGCCGCACGAGAUCGACCUCCCGCCCACCAUCUCGCUGUCUGACGGCGAGGAGCCGCCCCCCUACCAGGGCCCCUGCACGCUCCAGCUGCGGGACCCGGAGCAGCAGCUGGAGCUGAACCGCGAGUCGGUGCGCGCGCCCCCGAACAGAACCAUCUUCGACAGCGACCUGCUCGGCAGCGCCAUGCUGGGAGGGCCCUGUCCCCCCAGCAGUAACUCGGGCAUCAGCGCCACGUGCUACGGCGGCGGCGGGCGCAUGGAGGGGCCGCCGCCCACCUACAGCGAGGUCAUCGGGCACUACCCCGGGUCUGCCACCUUCCAGCACCAGCAGAGUAGCGCGCCACCCGCCUUGCUGGAGGGGACCCGGCUCCACCACGCGCACAUUGCGCCCCCAGAGAGCACGGCCGCCUGGGGCCACGAGAAGGAUAAACAGAAAGGACACCCCCUCUAGGGGUUCCCGGGAGGGGCCGGGGCGGCGGUGGGGAAAGAGGCGAAAACACUCCGCACUUCUAAAAAGAGAGAGGAAGGGGGGGAGGACACACACCGAAACCGCGGGCAUCACCAUCCCCUUCCCCACCUCUCUGUGUAUAAAUAUUUACAUGUUCUGUCUGGUCUGAAUGCACAAGCUAAGAAAGCUUGCAAAAAAAAAAAAAACCUCACACAAAAAAAAAACAUGUUUCUUUGUUGAGCUGUGUCUUGAAGGCAAAAGAGAAAAAAGAUUCUACCCUAGUCUUUUCUGUUCCUAACUGACCUGCGUGAACGCUUCCCUUCUGUUUGUUGAUGAUGACUUAACUUUAAAGACAUUUGCACAAAACCUUUGUUUAAAGAUCUGCAAUAUUAUAUAUAUAAAUAUAUAUAAAGUAAGAGAAACUGUAUGUGCGAGGGCAGGAGUAUUUUUGUAUUAGAAGAGUCCUAUUAAAAAAAAAAAGAAGUUGUUUUCUGAACUAGAAGAGAAAAUGGCCAUUUUUGCGUGCCAACUCAGAACAGUGUGCAUUACCUUGUAAAGAAAACAAUGACAAAGCAGGGGUUUAGAGUUAUUUAUAUAAAUGUUGAGCUUUUGCACUAUUUUUUAAUAUAAAUAUGUCAGUGCUUGUUUGAUGGAAACUUCUAUCGUGUCUGUCGAGACUCGUGAGGGAGAAACGCCGACCUCCGACCUCAGGCGGCGGGUGGGCUCCCCGCGGAAUUUGGACAGAGGCAUCCGGACGGGCCGCCUUCCUCCGAAGCGGAAGCUUUGUCUAGCGACAGGUUAUUUCACCUGAUGACACAUUCCUUCCCGAAGGGGGCACACUCUCUCCCCCUCUGGGUCAGAACGGCCUUCGGCUCGCACGAAAUAGGAAAGUUGUUCGAGGCACCAAGUUCCAUCCAGGUGGUGGCUUUGGCUUCUCCCCCAAAUGAAAAUAAACUGUUACUGAAGGAAUUUAAGUUUUCCUCCUAUUUUUUUUUUGUUUUAAAAAACCACGGUGCUCCCAUUGCCAUGUAUGUUACCGACGGCUUCUUUGUGCAGAAGGCGCGGGCGGCUCCGGAGCGCGCCGGCCAAGGUCAGUGCCGUCCACUAGCACGUAGGGAGGGCCCGGAGGGCCAGGCGUGUGCCCUUGUCCCUGUCUUUCUCUCUCCGUAUCGACUCUCACUUGACAGGCCGAUAAGCGGAAGACCAGAGAUGAAAAAGAAACACUCCCGGGACACGCGGAAGGGUUGAAGCGAGAAAGGCAGUCCAGCCUUCUCUGCGUGAUGCCUGAGAAGCUGGAUUCUCUCCCUCCCCCCCACCCCCAUUCCCUGCUCCCAAAGCGGUCCUGUUCAGGGUGUUUCCCUGAGCAUCUUUCUAAGACACAACUCUUGUUCGCCAGGAUCCCCCUGAGUGGAUUCGGGUGUGAUGAGGCCCCUCUGACGGUGGUGCGCAGGUGAGGAAGCAUGCGUGGGCACACCUGUGUGCGCAUAGAGGUGAACGACAGGAAGUGGAGUGAGGGGGGUCCCUGGGCGUCUACCAGGGACAGUGGCUGGAGCAGGAGGUCCUUCGUCCCCCUGAGGACUUGCUAAUAUUCCGUGGGGUGGGUGACACCCCAGCCGGGAGAGCAGCCCCCCAGCCCCCACCCCACAGAGGUGUCUUCCUGUCUGGCAGAAUACUAAGUAGCCCAUGAACAUAAGAGAAAGGUAUAAGAGGCAAUAACUAUUGUUUUUAAGCAACUUUUGUAUUAUCUGAGAAGCAAAACCCCGAGAACAGUUUUGACGUUCCGACCAUUUGAACUCUAUUUAUAUGCACAUCGCAGGCACCUAGAGACCAGCAAAUGCAAGGCCAGCUGAGGCCCACUGGCCAGCCGGGGAGCGGGAGGUGUUUCUGCCCUCACCAUAAACCCGCCUCUCUGGGGGGAGGGGGGGUCUUCAACCGGAAAUCGGCUUCCCUCAAAGAGGACUCUUUUGAAAGGUCAUGCAGAGAAGUCCAUCUAGCUUGUCCUGAAAGGCACGGGGACACAUUUAUAGACAACAUUUUUUAAAGACGUGUUUUUCCGCGGGGCGUCUGUCUCCCUAGUGCCUUACCGAGGAAGCACUUAACUCUCUCCUGUCACCAGGCCAGGCGGUCCUGGACAGGGCCUGGCUCGCCCAGGACUGGCCGUGCGGCUCCCGGGCCACAAAGGGCUGCUGCUGCUUUCCAAACGUCCCUGUCACCCUCUCACGUCCCGCCCC